AUGGUAUCAGAGCAGUUUCUGUCCUUAGAGGAUCCUGUAGGGUAUGUGUGUGCCGUGCUUGUGCUUUGUACUCUUAGCCUUGUGGGAUGGUUGUUCUUGUUUCAUUGGGUUGGACUAAUGGUAUUUUCUCUGUACGAGCAGAAAAUGGAAUCUAGAUCACCUUCUCCUCCUCCUUAUCAACCGGAGCCCUAUGAGAACACCACAAGACUUGAGGCUGUACUUGAGGCUAUGCAACUUCAGAAUGCUGCAUUGGUGGGACAAAACACCAUCGCUCUUCAGAACCUAGAAGCUGCAAGAGUAUCAGCUGAGGACACUCAGAAGUUCCUCAUGGAAAUGAUGGCUAAUGGAAGACCUUCUCCGGGUGCUUCUUCCUCUGUUACAGUUCCAGUUCAGGAGUGGAGUUUGGAGAGUUUUCUCCAACAUCAUCCCGCCAAGUUUAGUGGCAAGUGCAAUUCUGAUGAGGCCGAUCAUUGGUUCCAGGAUAUGGAACGAAUCUACGAAGCCAAAGGGUGUCCGGAUGAGAAAAAGCUGGCCUACACCCAGUACUUGCUGACAGGAGAAGCUGGACAUUGGUGGAACAGUGUGAAGGCUAUAUUGGAGAGGAAUGAGACUCCUAUCACUUGGGAGUUGUUCAGAACUAAAUUCUACACUGAAUAUUUCCCAGAUAGUGUCAGGUAUGCUAAAGAGGUAGAGUUUCUCGAGUUGACUCAGGGCAACAGAUUAGUGUCGGAGUAUGCAAAUCGUUUUAAACACCUGCUUCGCUUCACCACCAUGUCAAUAGAUGAAGAAUGGCAGUGUCGCAAGUUUGAGAAUGGCUUGAGGAAGGAUAUAAAGUUACUGGUGAAGGGAUUGCGCAUCAGAGAAUUCUCCGCCUUGGUAGAGAUGGCCCGUGAUAUGGAAAAGACUAAGGGAGAACCAGAGGGACCUCAGAGACAACAAAGCCAACCACUUAGGAUUGGUGGACCUGUGAUAUCCCGGGGAGGCUCCAGUUCUAGAAAGACCCCUUUCUCUAGACCCUCUUACUUCGGGUCCAGGGGUUCUUCCUCUCAGUCAUCGGGGCAAUCCAGUUCUGCCGGUUCCGUUAGAUGCUUCAGGUGUGGUGGACCACACUUCCAGAGUUCUUGCCCCCAGUUAGAAGGGUAUAGGAGGUGUAAUAUCUGCAGACAAGAGGGACACUAUGCCAGAGACUGUCCUACUACUAGGAGGUCAGGACCACAGCCACGCCAGGCUGGCAGACCUAUUCAGAGGGGUGGACACAGACCCCAGGCAGCCGGGAGAGUUUAUGCAUUGACUGGGGCUGAGGCAACCAGUGCAGGUAAUUUAAUUGUCAGUAGUUGCUUGUUAUUUGGAGCUUCGUGUGUAACGUUGUUUGAUUCGGGGGCGACACAUUCUUUUGUGUCUAAGGCUUGUGUGGAGAGGCUUGGUUUAGUUGUUAGAGAGCUUCCGUGUGAUCUGGUGGUGUCUACACCAGCAGCUGGGUUAGUUAGAACAUCUGAUGUGUGCUCCAGAUGUCCUAUUGAGGUGGAGGGACGCAGGUUCAGAGUGAACCUUAUUUGCUUACCUCUGCAGGGGCUAGAGGUAAUUCUGGGAAUGGAUUGGUUAGCAGCCAAUCAUAUUCUUUUAGAUUGCAGUGGUAAGAAGUUGAUAUUUCCCAAAGAAGAUAAAGACUUGUCAUUAUCGCUUGGUGUAUUGAGGCAGGAUAUUUUCGAGGGUGCCAGCUGCUUCCUAAUCAUGUUUCAUAUGGACGAGACUUCUAAUUUAAACUCUCUAUCGCUUGGGAACCAGAGUGUAGACCUUCUGGUUGUGAAUGAAUUCAUGGAUGUUUUCCCUGAAGAAGUUCCUAGUUUACCUCCUCAGCGAGAAGUGGAGUUCUCUAUUGAUCUGGUCUCGGGAGCAGGACCAGUAUCCAUAGCCCCUUAUCGGAUGGCUCCAGCUGAGUUGGCUGAGUUGAAGAAGCAGAUUGAAGACCUAUUGGAGAAACAGUUUAUCCGACCUAGUGCCUCACCUUGGGGAGCACCAGUGUUACUAGUAAAGAAGAAAGACGGUAGUUCGAGAUUGUGCGUUGAUUAUCGACAACUGAAUAAGUUGACGAUCAAGAAUAAGUAUCCGUUGCCGAGAAUAGAUGAUUUGAUGGAUCAACUACACGGAGCUACAGUAUUCUCUAAGAUUGAUCUGAGGUCGGGUUAUCAUCAGAUUCUAGUAAAAGCGGAUGAUGUGCAGAAAACGGCAUUCAGGUCCAGAUAUGGCCACUAUGAGUAUGUGGUUAUGCCUUUUGGCGUGACUAAUGCUCCAGCUAUUUUCAUGGACUAUAUGAAUCGAAUUUUCAGACCCUUCUUGGACAAGUUCGUGGUGGUAUUUAUAGAUGAUAUACUUGUCUAUUCUAAGACUCGAGAAGAACAUGAAGAUCAUCUUAGGGCAGUGCUUGAAGUGCUGAGAGAAAGAAGAUUGUAUGCCAAGCUGUCCAAGUGUGAGUUUUGGAUGGAAGAGGUUCCUUUUCUUGGAUAUGUGAUUUCAGCUGGAGGAAUUGCUGUUGAUCCCGCUAAGGUGCAAGCAGUACUUCAGUGGGAGAGACCUAAGACUGUUACAGAAAUCAGGAGCUUUGUGGGUCUAGCGGGCUAUUAUCGCCGUUUUAUUGAGAAUUUCUCCCGGAUUGUGGCGCCGCUGACACAACUGACUAGGAAGGAUCAACCUUUUGUUUGGACAGACUGUUGUGAGACUAGCUUCCAAGAGCUAAAGAAAAGGUUGACUAGUGCACCAGUUUUGGUUAUCCCUGACACGGGUAAACCUUUUGAGGUUUUUUGUGAUGCCUCUCAUCAGGGAUUAGGGUGUGUACUGAUGCAGGAAAAGAAGGUAGUGGCAUAUGCAUCAAGACAACUCAAGGUUCAUGAGAAGAAUUAUCCCACUCAUGACUUGGAGUUGGCAGCUGUGGUAUUUGCUUUGAAGAUUUGGAGACACUACCUGUAUGGCGCAAUAUUUCAGGUGUUCAGCGAUCAUAAGAGCCUGAAAUACCUCUUUGAUCAGAAGGAGCUUAAUAUGAGGCAGAGACGAUGGAUGGAGUUUCUUAAAGAUUUUGACUUUGAUCUCCUUUAUCACCCUGGGAAGGCUAAUGUGGUGGCAGAUGCAUUGAGCAGGAAGUCAGUGCAUAUUUCAGCCUUAAUGGUCAGAGAGUUAGAGUUGGUAGAAAGCUUCAGAGAUUUGAGGUUGCAGGUAGAUUUUGAAGCUGACAGCAUCAGAUGCAGUAAUUUGGUGGUGUCCAAUGACUUGUUGAAGCAUAUUAAGGAAGAGCAGUCGAAGGAUGUUGAGCUCCAAACGUCAUCCAGUUUGAUUGGAACUGAUCAAGGAAAAGAUUUUGCGUUGGGGACCGACGGUAUUUUGAGAUUCAAAGGCAGGGUCUGUAUCCCUAGCAGCUCAGGAUUAAGGAAGUUAAUCAUGGAAGAAGGUAUGAAGAGAGACAUGGCACAUUUUGUGGCUUCUUGCUUGACUUGUCAAAAGGCAAAAGUGGAACAUCAAAGACCUGGAGGUUUGUUGCAACCGUUGGAGAUUCCAGAGUGGAAAUGGGAUAGCAUCGCGAUGGACUUCGUUACCCAUUUGCCACGCACCAUUCGGAAACAUGAUGCAAUAUGGGUAAUAGUGGACCGAUUAACCAAGAGUGCUCACUUCUUGGCAAUUGAUUUGCGAGCGCUGCCACAAGGGACAGCAAACGUUGCUUCCCCUUAA